GGAGCUUUGAACCAGGGGAAGCGCCGGCCCCGCUCCUUCUUCCCGCCAGACCCGCCGAGGAGCACGACCGCCAUGUCCCCGCCGCACAAGCGCCUCUGCCUCAGCCCCCAGGGCUCCCUCAACGACAGCUUCGAGAAGCGCCUCAAGAAGAUCUCCAUCGAGGGGAAUAUCGCUGCAGGGAAGUCUACCUUUGUCCAUCUGCUAGAAAAAUACAGCGAUGAAUGGGAAGUAAUUCCUGAACCCAUUGCCAAGUGGUGCAACAUCCAGACAACUGAAAAUGAACACCAAGAGCUUUCAACAUCUCAGAAGAGUGGAGGAAAUUUGCUUCAAAUGUUGUAUGGCAAGCCUACAAGAUGGGCUUACACGUUCCAGACCUAUGCCUGUUUGAGUCGAGUCAAAGCGCAAUUAAAACCAGUUUCUGCAAAACUCCACGAAGCAGAACAUCCUGUGCAGUUUUUUGAGAGAUCGGUGUACAGCGAUAGGUAUGUAUUUGCUUCCAGUUUAUUUGAAUCGGGAGACAUCAAUGAAACAGAAUGGGCCAUUUAUCAGGACUGGCAUGCAUGGUUUCUGAACCAGUUUGACUCCAACCUGGAGCUAGAUGGUAUUAUCUACCUGCGGACAACCCCUGAGAAGUGCAUGGAGAGGCUGCUGCGUAGAGGCAGGGAAGAAGAACAAGGAAUUGAGCUUGAAUAUCUAGAAAACCUCCACUAUAAACAUGAAAUCUGGCUUCACGAGAGAACAAUGAACGUGGAUUUCAACAACCUGAAAGAUAUCCCCAUUCUGGUUCUAGAUGUUAAUGACGACUUCAAAAAUGAUGAAAUAAAACAAGAACACUUGCUGGAAAAAGUGAAGGGUUUUUUGACAACUUAAGAAAUAAAAAUACUACACAGUGAAGAGAAUCUUCAAUUUCCUAAUGUAUAUAAACUACUUUUAUAGCCUGUUUUUGUGUAUCUGCAUGAAAAGGGGUGUGACAUAACAGGAUCAAAGGAUUUUACCACAUGGGUAUAAAUUAAUGAAAACAUUGGAAUUACUUGAAGAGCCAAUUCUUGUGGAUUGAUACUGAUGAGAAGGGACAUUCACUAUCUUCAAAGAAAAAACACUGACUGCAACAAGUUAAUAUUUAUCUUGUUACUGAAAGUAUCUCAUCAAUGUCAAUGGAAACAAUGUUUGUUGCACUGCCUUUGUCCAGAUAAGUAACUCAUGUAUAAUAAACAUUUUUGUAAAUUCUUA